CACGAGGGCCGACGCGGCGGCCGACCGCGGCGACAUGGCUUCGGAGCCGGACGUGCGCGCCCGGCUGCAGCGCGCCGGCCAGGAGCACCUCCUGCGCUUCUGCGCCGAGCUGGCGCCGGGGCCGCGCGCCGCGCUGCUGGCGGAGCUGGCGCCCCUGGAGCCCGAGGCGCUGCGCGAGCACUGCCGGCGCGCGGCCGCGGCCUGCGCGCGCCCCCCGGGCCCGGCGCCCGACUUGGCCGCGCGCCUGCGGCCCCUGCCUCCCGAGCGCGUGGGCAGCGCGUACCGGGGCGACGCCGGGAUGCGGCGGCUCUGGGAGGCGGAAGGUUUCCACCAGAUCUCCCAGAACAAAGUGGCUGUGCUGCUGCUUGCUGGUGGGCAGGGCACUCGCCUGGGUGUGACCUACCCCAAGGGCAUGUAUCAGGUGGGGCUGCCCAGCCAGAAGACGCUGUAUCAACUGCAGGCAGAACGGAUCCGGCGGGUAGAGCAGUUGGCUGGCGAGCGCCACGGAACCCGCUGUGUUGUACCCUGGUACAUCAUGACGAGUGAGUUCACGCUGGGGCCCACCGCCAAGUUCUUCAAGGAGCAGGACUUCUUCUGUCUGGACCCCAACAAUGUGGUCAUGUUUGAGCAGCGUAUGCUACCUGCAGUGACUUUUGAUGGCAAGGCCAUCCUGGAGCGAAAAGACAAGGUUGCUCUGGCCCCAGAUGGCAACGGGGGCCUGUACUGCGCGCUGGCAGACCACCAGGUCCUAGAGGACAUGGAGCGCCGAGGGGUGGAGUUUGUGCACGUGUAUUGUGUAGAUAACAUCUUGGUGCGGUUGGCCGACCCUGUCUUCAUUGGCUUCUGCGUGCUGCAGGGUGCAGACUGUGGGGCCAAGGUGGUGGAAAAGGCAUACCCUGAGGAGCCGGUGGGCGUGGUGUGCCAGGUGGACGGUGUCCCACAGGUGGUGGAGUACAGUGAGAUCAGCCCUGAGACCGUGCAGCUUCGUAGGCCUGAUGGCAGCCUGCUCUACAGCGCAGGCAACAUCUGCAACCAUUUCUUCACUCGGGGCUUCCUCCAGACGGUCACCAGGGAGUUCGAGCCCUUGCUGACGCCACACGUGGCCGUGAAGAAGGUCCCGUACGUGGAUGAGGAGGGAAAUCCGGUAAAGCCGAUAAAACCAAACGGGAUAAAGAUGGAGAAGUUUGUGUUUGAUGUGUUCCAGUUUGCUAAGAACUUUGUGGCCUUUGAAGUGCUGCGGGAGGAGGAGUUUUCUCCUCUGAAGAAUGCUGACUCGGCCGACAGGGACACCCCGUCCAUGGCCCGGCGGGCCCUGCUAGCUCAGCACUAUCGGUGGGCCCUGCAGGCAGGCGCCCACUUCCUGGAUGCACACGGGGCUCAGCUCCCAGAGCUGCCCAGCCUGCCCAGCAGUGCAGAGCCCCCGGCUGUCUGUGAGAUCUCACCUCUGGUAUCCUACUCUGGAGAGGGUCUGGAGGUGUACCUUCGAGGCCAGGGGUUCCGGUCCCCACUCAUCCUGGAUGAGAACCGAGCCAGGGUGCUGCAGCCCUGACUCAUUCCACGUCUGCCACCCCAGGGUACGGAGCCUCCCUGUUGGGACCACGGCUCCACACUGCGGCCCUGCAGCCUGGCUGAGGCUGCGGACACCGGCCGGCCUUGGUCCCUUUUCCCUGGCUUUGCUGCUCUGGCCCCAGCACAUGCACCCCCAGCUGAGGUGACAGGCUGCAGAAAAUACAGCCUGCUGCUGAGACGCGUCACACCUGCCCCCUCCCUUCCCCACGGAAGCCCACAGCCCCUUAGGAAGCACUGGUGUCCCAUGGGAAGAAUGUGCUCUGGGUGGUGAGCUCAUGUAGCUGACUCCCCCGGUGGCUGCAAGUGCUCUGGCCGCACCCAGCUGUCCUGACGCGGGUGUGACGGCAGAGGUGGACCCACGCCCAAAGCCCAGACGAGGGCUCUGCUUCCGCUCUGCCCGUCUUGCCAACCUCAGGGUCAACCUCGUGCCUUACUCUCCCGCCUCUGCUCCACAGGCAAGAGGAGGGCCUGGGGCACGGGGUGGGGGUCGGCCCACAGCUGCGCAGACUCUUUUCUGCAUAAGCAGUUAGCUGGGUAAACUACUGACAAGGCCCGCUUUGUAAAACGCUUUAUUUUCAAAUGAUUGUACCUUCACAUCAAAUGGGUGCCAGCACCGUCCACGACUUGCCUGCAGUCUGCAGCCCGGUGCUCCUGGAAGCCCACCCGACCGGGGCGCGCUGGGAGUGCUCUGGGCCCUUUCCCACGGGCGCUGCGCCCAGGAGUCGGGAGGGUCGGCCACCGGCCCCACCACCUGAAACCCGACAAGCACCUAGGACGCUCUGAACUUGAGCAGACCCACAACUCCCGACCUUCCGCGGACGGGAAUUUACACUAAAUGCCAAGUGCUGGCGACUGACCCAGCCAGGCGCUGCGGUUUUUGACCGGCACCUGUGGUGGGAGCAGCAAGCAGGUGUCCACAGCUUCCCUGUGUCCAAGGGCUGGAGCCCCCAGGGCCCGCUGGCUCUACCGCGGCCUCAGGGGCCUGUCCCUGGACCAGCUCUCCAGGGCAGACCUGCUCAGAGCAACGAAAUGGGUACAACGCCACGCGGGGGGGGCAGGUGGUGGGGCAGGUGGAUACCGGGCUGGUGGCAACCCUGGCUGCCUGUGCGCAGGAGAGGUUUGCACAUGCUGAGGCUGUGCGUCCAUGGCACGGGCGCCCGCGAAUCCUGAUAAUUAAGGGGUCCUGGAGCCCGGCAGAUCCUGCGUCUGCUACUGACGCCGCAUUGGGAGCUCUUGCCUGAAUGCCAGGUUCCAACGGCAGUGGCAGCCAUCGGCAUGCCUGGAGCUGGAGGGUGAAGUGCCCGGGCACCCUGGGUCAAGACUCAUGAAUGGGUCUGCAGAGCAGCCUGGUGCUGCCCCCCACCCAGGACCCGCAGCCCCAAGAUAGGAUGACCCAACAGAAGGCCAGUACCAACAUACAGAGUGCAGAUCAACUAGGAGCGCUGCCCUCUCGGGGGGCCGCCCCCAGAGACCCCCAAGCAGGGACCUGCUCCCCUUGGGGAAGGGCAUAGCAGAAUUGGAGGUGCACUCCCUUGGACUGGGGCCCUUGACUCCCGAGUGUGCUUGGCCUGAGGUCACUGCAGUCUAGCUGAAGGCCCCAGAAGCCAAGAGUGUAGGGGGGCUGCUUCCGUGGUCAUUUGCCCACUUUGGUUUUGUAGCCGUGUUCUGCAGGGAAACAGACAUGAGCGGAGUGGAAAGAGAAUGAGUCCCCCCACUAGAAGGGAUGCAAAGAGUAAACCAGUUAAAAAUAGAGAUGUCGGAAGGCCAGGAGCCGCUUGGCCUAGAUACUGAAUACUCCCCAGAUAAAAGUAUCUCAGCACAGUCACGCUUCUGUUGUGCCAAUGAGAACGUACCUUUUAGGAUUUUCUCUAGCUCCUGCUAAAAGGCCCAGCUUAUUCAGGAAGAAUUCUAUCUUGAAGCUACGGUUGUAUUUUAAUCGAACAGACAGUGGCUCAGCCCACCUUGGAGGCCGGGCAGGCAGGCUUGAUUGACAUUCUUCCAGACAGAAACUGAUACCCUGUAAAGGAAUCAGAGCAGAAAAUGUGUGUGAAGUUAAAAAGAAGAAAUUGAAUGUCUUAUCAAAGAUGAACAUGGUGGGGCCAUUUGGCCGGUCUGCACCUGGCCCUUAGUCGCUUUCCUAGAAAUCCGCGCCCCCCUAUAAAACUCUUCCACAACCUUUCGGGGUGCGCUUCUCUCUGAGGUCGCCUGCACUUUCUAAGUAACUAAUGAAACUUUGCCAAUCUUUCAGCGUCUCUUCUAUGAGGUAGCUCACGCUCCCCUUUCUCCGAGUGUGCGCUUUCCCUCUUUAAAUAAAAUUUUCAGGGUGCCUCUCCUCCCUGAGGUUGCCCACGCUUCUCUUUUUAAGUACGUAAUUUUAAAUAAAACUUACUAUGCUUCACUA